CUCGAUCAUCAAAAGGGAAAGUUGAGUUCAGCGGUUUGAGCUAACUUUUAGUGUUUUGGGUUUGUUUGCUUAGUGCUUUGUUUCUCUCUUUCUCUCCUGGAACAUGACUUUUGAGUCUUUUUGCUCUUCUGUAUUUCUGAUGAUCAUUUCCUUAUCUGUGCUUGAUUCAAUCUUCGAAAAUCUGGUCUUCGAUCGUCGAUCAUGGAAGAGAAAAUUUUGAGCUGGAUUUUGAGAUUUGAGCACCUGAAUGGCAAUACUCCCUGUGUUUUCACAAUCGGCGUUCAUUGUCAAACCUCAAGCAGCAUUGCUAUUCCAGUGGUGCUUGUGGUUUGGGUUUUUUUUUUUUUUUUUAAUUUCGUAUUUGGAAUUCUUUCUCUGGUUCUAAUUUUGGGUUUCAAGAAUUAGUUUUUUUUGUUGGCAUUUGCUGUUGAUUUUGACAGGAACAGUGGGUAACAUUCUGCUGGGGAUUGAAUAGGGUAGUUCAAGAAAUCAAAUGAGAUUGAUUACAACAGAUCGUCUCCUUUAUCCCUCGAUUUCCGUCAUCACUUUCUCCACACUCUUCUGGUGUUUGGCAUCAUCUACUCUGCUCUCUCUCACGAGUCUCGGUGUCCGGCGUCGACAUCAUUACCUCUGCACUGUUCUUUGGUUCUUUCUUUACUUUCCGCUCUAUCGGUCUCUUGCAUCUUAUCUGCCUCGCCUCUCCAUUUGCGAUCUGAUCUCUGCUCUUCGAAGUCCUGACAUCUCCUUUGUCUCACAGUACUGAUUUAGUAAGUUUAAGAUAUCGUUACAUUUUUCCCUUUACCAGUAGAUUUUUAGGUGUUUGAUUCUGUGUGUGGAGUGGGGUCUAUAGUUUGUUUUUUCCCUUUCCGAUUCUUUUAGGAUUUGAGUAUUUGCUUAAUUUGAUUUGAAGUAGCAAUCAAAUUGUUGCUGUCAU